GUUUCCUACAGCACAUCCGCGCUUUUACUGCCUCAGCUGCCAGCUUCCAGCAGUGACUCUGAUCAGACACUGAGUUCUCAUUGCUGCGACAUCCACUAAACAAGGACCUCUGACACAUUUCUCACACAGGCUCUGAAGACGGGAAAAAAAGCUAAAAGCAUGAAGGCCAUCAUCAUAACAUUUUGCCUGAUUGGAGCAGUUUUUGCCAGCCCAAUUUCAUACAAUGCUAUUUUGGAAUUAAAUGAGCUCGACCCAAACACGACUGAAAGUUUGUCUGCUUCACAAUCAUCUGAAAAUGACACCGCAGAACUUCUGAGCUCGGAGGAAAGUAUCUCAAGUCAAAGUCACAGUUCAGAGUCACAAUCAUUAGAAUCCACAUCAGAGGACAAGACUUCUGAGGAGAGUAACAGUCAAUCAGUUGAGGAUGACGAGACAAACUCCAUGGGUGAAACCAGAGAUGACAGCAUGAGCAGCGAGGAGAAUGUUCGAAAGAAUCUGGUCCCACUAUUUGCAAGUGUCAUCGAAGUCCACAGUUCAGAGGACAACAGCAGUACGGAGGUCACGGUUCAAUCAGACGAACUGACUGAGCCCACUCCCGCCUCCAUUUUCGGACAGGAGACCAACAUCGCUCAGGGACAGAUGAACCUACUGAUGGUGGCAAAUCCCAGCGAAAGCAGCGAAAGCAACAGCAACAGCAACAGCAACAGCGCCGACACCAGUGAUGUUACUGAUAUAACUGCCACCAGUGACAGCAAUGAGAGCACCAUCAGUGACAGCAAUGAGAUCAAUGAGACCAACCAGAGCACCAGUAGUGAAAGCAACGAGACCAAUGAGAGCACCACUAGUGAAAGCAAUGAGACCAAUGAGAGCACCACAAGUGAAAGCAACGAGAGCAAUGAGAGCACCACUAGUGAAAGCAAUGAGACCAUUGAGAGCAUCAGCAAUGAAAGCAAUGAGACCAGAGACAGCAGUGAUGAGAGCAGCGAUGCCAGCAAUAGCACAGAGGAGAGUAAUGCCAGUGACAGCACCGAGCUGGUACAAAUCAAAACCCAAGACUGUGUGAAUGGAACUCAGAGCUGUGAAAGUGAGGAAUAUUUCUUCCAGGCUAUUGGAGAUGAUGGUCAUCACUCAGUGGACAAUCUGAUGGUGCCCGAGGACGAUGAAAGGGAGUUAAGUCUACGGAGAUGAUGACAUGCACUUGUCCAACUUUGUUUUACUCACUCUGAACUAUAACACCAUUAAAAGACCAUGCCUGAAGACCACAGGCUGCCAUAAUUUGCUUUUGCCCAUUACUUCUGAAUUUUGAUUUUGGCAUUAUAAUGUUAUCUAUGUUACAGUGUGAUUAUCGUGAUGAUGGUAUAGCCAAAGCAUUUACUUGUUUUUUUUUUCUCAUAAUAAACAAAUAAUACAACCAUGGUA